AUGGACGUUCUGGUCUCCAUCUUGCUGGGAAGCGAAGAGGUCCAGGCUUCGCUGGAGCUCCGUGCUUCCAUCGAGGUUCUCCUGAAAACGGUGGUAAGCAGCGCAGAUGUGCGCCAGGUGCUGCUCCGGCCGUGUCUGGAAGAGGCUUCGGGGCAGGGGCCCGCAGCGGCCGCAGGCUCCCAGCUGCUCUCCGUCCUCCGUGCAGCCGACCGGCCAAAGGGCAGUGCUCCGGCGCGAGGAAGCGAUGGCAGUGCCUUCGACUGGCGCCCGGCGGAUGCCGACACUUGGUUUGCG